AACACCAACGAGGAAGACAUGCUGACAGCGAAUAGUUAGCUUUCUGGCAGCGGAGGGCCGAGUUGCUUUCGUCAGGCAGAACCUCAAGAGGAACUCAGAGUACACGAGAAGCUUUAUGUGUUUCAACACGAAACACCAACAUGUCCUCAGCUUUGUAUGUCGGCCUUCUCCUUGUUUGCCUUCAAAAAAGCGUUGAAAUUAACUGUAUUGCUGUAACAACUUUGGCAGCAGUUGGACCAGAGCUGGCCCCACCACGGGACCUGAUCAUGAUCACUUUGAACACCAAUUAUGCAUUAAGCUGGGACUGGGACCGGGACCAGAGUCACGCAGACAGUCAUGCUGUCACCUUUACCACACAAUAUGUUGGGAAGUAUAAGCUGGAGUCGAAGAAGACGAGUCCAAACUGGUCCACAGCCUGUGAGGAGAAGUCACACAGGUCAUGUGAUCUUACAAUGCUCGGCCUGCACUACCUGGGGAUCUAUAUGCUUCGGGUUCGGGCCAAUGCAGAUAGGCAUCACUCCAAAUGGGUGCAGUUGGAAUUCUGCCCUGAUAAAGAUGCUGCUCUGGGCCCUCCUGACAAAGUGGACCUUGUACCUGCUGGAAGUGACCUCGAUGUUUUCAUCUCUGAACCAUUGACAAGCAUCAACACCUCCAUGAAGGAACAUCUUUCCCAAAUGUACUACAACAUCCUCUACUGGGAACAUUCUGAAGACUCAAAGGCCUUAAGAACCCAGACGUUAAGCAGCGAGGCCAAAUUGGUGACUUUGCCUGGCCUAAAGGCUUGGACGUUGUACUGUGUGAGCAUCCAGUCAUGCAACAACUUCUACAACAAGAGCAGUAGCUUCACUUCGCCCCAGUGUAUGCAGACUGAAGGUAAUACUCCAUGGUGGCAGAUCAUCCUGUACUUCGUGGGCUCUCUGGUGAUCUUCUUCCUUGUCAUGCUGCUCUUACUCUACAUCCCCUUUUGGUGCUACAAAACACUCAAGGCAACGUUGUACCCCUCAAACCAGUUGCCUCCACAUUUCAAGGAAUAUCUCUAUGACUCUCCUAGUUCUGACAUUCCUCGCCUCCUCACUCCGGUUUCAGAAUCAGAGCUGCUGUGUGAUAAUGUGAUCAUUUGUGCUGAGCCAACAGUCCUGGAAAUCCACAUAUUUCAUCCUGAUGCCAUGGCAUCUCAUCCAUCAGACCUGAAGUCAGAUACCAGUGGAAGACACAGUCGUCAGGACAGCAGCAGCAGCAGUGGAGACUCUGGAGUUUAUUCUACCGGGGGAACCUCCAACCUGUCACAGGUCAACAGCAAUCAAACCUGCAGAGGAACGGAAGACCUGGAGCAGGUAAAGAUGCUGGAAAUGACUCCAGGGCUCGAGACACAACUUCUGAUAGCAGAUGAGGGCAUUGUAGACAUGUGUGUCUGAACCUAUGCAUUGAAAAAUAUAUUUGUUGCGAAGAAACAUAAAGCAAGGAUUAUGUUAAGGAAACUGGAGGUUUGUGGAUAAUGUACAGUGUGGCUUUUUGUUCCGGUAAAAACAAUUUCUAGAAAAAAACAAUGUCACGAAUAACUUACUCACACAAGGAGGUAAACUGUUGAGCUAUCACUCACCAUCUCACUUUCCAAGAAGGAAGUGUGUUGUUAAUCUAAAAAGAAACGACUUCAGUGUUUGAGUGGCUCUCUUUCAAAUCGCGAGUAUCGAGUACUGUUUUUGCUCAUCUUCAGCAGCCAUUGUCUUAAACCUGAUUUUAUUCUGUGAGUGGUUGACAUGUCGCUGUAAUAUGACUGUCUGAGGGAUUUAGUGUAUAUUUUUUUUUAGUCUGCAUUAAUUAUGUUUUUGAGUGUAAAAUCAUGUUUUUUCUGUCUUUUAAUAUCAAUAAAUCAAUCAAUCAAUCAAUCAAAUUUUAUUUGUAUAACCCGUAUUCACAAAUUACAAUUCAUCUCAUAGGGCUUUAACAGGGUGUGACAUCCUCUGUCCUUAACCCUCAGCAAGAGUAAGGAAAAACGACUAAAAACCUUUUUACGGGGUAAAAAUACGUAGAAACCUCAGAGAGAGCCACAUGUGAGGGAUCCCUCUCCCAGGACGGACAGAAGUGCAAUAGAUGCCACGUGCAGGAAAACAUCAUCAAGAUUAAAGUCUUCAAUAUUAAAUAAUUUAAAGCGACUUAGACCCAGUCAGAUUUUGAACUGGGAAUAAUUAGCCUGAUCCAAAAUGUACUGGACAAUUGAUGAUGCAUCUCAAUUUCCUCCCUCUGGUCCCACCAAUAUACCCACUUGACGGUCUCAGCUGUCAAUCAUGAUGUUUUUACUCUGUUUUUAUAGCACCAAAUUACUUAUUAAAACCAAACUUACAGGAAAAAUGAACAUGCCUUGGUGUGAUAAGACCUACUUAUAAUGACAGAAACCAUCUUUGAGAAAAAUGGAUUAAAUGCGUACUCCUGUCUAGCUCGCACAUAUCCGGGCCAAGUCUCCUGUUGUGUGAGUAGAGUCUUUUAUCACAAGUCAAACGCCAACAGAGAUUUUGAGUCAGUCCAUGAACCCUCAAAACAUGUAAACCUUGAGUUUCUACAUAUAUCCAUGUAAAUAUAUUGUAUGCCUUGGGCAGUGCUGGUCAUUGUCACUACUGACACAAUGAUAUUUAAAAUGGUGCGGUUGUUAAACAUUUUCUAUAAGAUGUCUCGUAAUCAAGGUAGUUAUCAGUCCAUCCAUAAAAGAUCCUCUAAAUAGUUAUGUUUUAUUUGCUUGUGAUGUGGAUCUGAGAAAAGCUUAAACACAAUUUAAUUACAUUUAUUCUUCCAUUUAUGAUCCUAAUAGGAUCUUGGUGCCAUUUUAGUUUUGCUUGUUCUGAAAAGAGAUUUUUUUCUCAUAUUUGCAUAUAACUUAAAUAAAAUAUGAUUUCUACUUUUGCUGUUCUCAUGUUUUCUGUGUAUUUUUAGGCUUUGAUGGAGAAACCUGGUUGAGUUAGUUAUAAAUGUUACCUUACUUGUUUUUCCAGAUGACCUAAUCCAUGACUUUACAUUCAACUAAGAUCAGAAGAACCGUAGCAAUUUUUUUUAAAAAUACGUUCAUGGUUGUUCCUGAAUUUCCUUUGCAUUGUCUGAACAUAUUUUCUUUGUUGAUAUUGUGUCUAAGCCUCUUGUGAAGCUUUGUGUUGGUGAAUCUACAGCAGCCAUGGUAAUGGACAAUCAAAGAUAAUGAAAUAAAACAUCCCAAUGCGAAA